GCGCUGCAUGUCUGACAUGCAGACAUGGGUUUCCAAGUUUGCUCUAGGAUUACAAUAUGCCUCGCCAUCACCUUGGCUCAGGUGAUUGCCGUGACCUGCCAAGACGGUAACAAGAAAGACUCCUGCACAGAAAAUGGAAAGGUCUACGCCAACAAGGAGAUGUGGAGCCCAGAGCCGUGUCGGAUUUGCAUGUGUGAUAAGGGCGCCACAAUAUGUGAAGAUGUGGUGUGUGAGGACCUUGGAAAUUGUCAGAACACUGUGAUCCCAGAGGGCGAAUGUUGUCCUGUCUGCCUAACUGCUGGUUCAACGCUUACUCCCAGUACAUACACCUCGACUGCUGUAAGUGAUAACGGGGAGAGCUGCACAGUCGACGGGGAAGUCUAUCAACACAACGACAUCUGGAAACCCACACCUUGUCGCGUCUGUGUUUGUGAUAACGGCGUUUCCGUCUGCGACGAGAUUCAGUGUGAAACGCUGGCGAACUGCGAGAAGAUCGUCACGCCUGAGGGAGAGUGCUGCCCGGUGUGCAACAGCUUCGCCGGCGCAAGCACGAGAAUAGAAAUGUUGGGCUUUAAGGUAAGAUAUUUACACAAAUGUUUAAUAUUUACUAUGAAACCAUAA